GAUCAGCUGGAUGGCUGAAGAUUUGGAUAUUGGUCUUAUACCCUCAUGUUUGGAAUCUUCAGACUGGUUGAUAAACAAAACAGAUGUGAAUGCUUGUAGUAAGAGUUGAUUAUGUGGAGAGUUGUUUGAGUUGAUACAUAAUUGUGUGUUUGAUGAGAAGCAAAUGGAGUGGUGGUACUGUAAUCCAAGCUGAGGGUCGAGAUGGUCAUGAGCAGAACCAAUCACCAACACAAAAAAAAACACGACCAAUGAACUCAAACAGAACCAAACUACUACUACUACCACUACUACCACUCAACAGGAGAACAACAACAACAGCAACAGCAACAGCAACAGCAACAACAGCAACAGCAAGAACGACUACUCCCAAGGAACACUAUCACCUUCUCAUCAAACAAGCCAUCCAAAACAACCAACCCUGCAGACUCAAACACUCACAGAUACCCAUCCCAACACUAGUCGAACUAUGGACAACAGCCAUCAGCCAACGAGAACCACCGAUCAACUGGAUCGAAUGGCUAUUCCAAUCUACCAUCAACCAACCCAAACCGAUCAGAUCCAACGAACACCAACUCAAGCUCACCAGAUUCCUCUCUCUCGCCAUCGGACUACUCAUCCGCUCUCUCCCAACAACAACAGCAUCCAAUCCAUCUACUAGUCAUAUUAAUCCAGAGGAAACCAGCCUGCGUCGUUGGCUCAAAGGAAUACAAGAAUGGCAGCAAGCUUCGGGCAGUCCAAUACUCUCCAAUCAGCUAGACCAUCGGCGCUUGCAAAUCAACAGACUCCUGGGACAGCCCGAUGAAAACCUACAAGAACUCAUCCAAGCCCAGGAUCCCUACAUCCUCUCGACUCUCCUGCGCUCCGCCGAUCGGUCCGAAGACCUCUUCGAGCGUCUCGAGGGAUCUCAGGACGAUCUACUCCGCUCGAUCAGAGUCUCUUGUCGGUCCAAGGGCCAGCUCAUCCAUCGGACCCACCCCGACGGGCCACACCAACCUAUAAGCUCGACUGAGUUCCAGGAACUGGUCUCGCGGAACCCAGCGCCCUCGUUCUGGAGGACCGGGUUGAUCCUCUCCCAGGCGGAAUGUCUGGUCGGACAGAUCCGGAUGAUCGCUGAGGAGGAACCGCAGGGCUGUAGGAGGCUCGACGAGAUCUUGAAGAGACUCAAAGAACUGCUCGAUCUGAGCCUGAGCGAGCGGGAAAAGACCCUAUACGGCGGCCGGCUCGAGGCUCACCGACUGAUCCGUCGCCAGGCAGACGGCCUCGAGGCCAUCCUGGGCCAUCUCCUGCUCUCUCCAUCCGCCCUGCCGAUUGACUUUGGCCUGAUCCUCGAGCUCAUCGACGGUGCACUUGCCCGGCUCGGCCCCGAUAUCAUCCGUCCCCGCUCCUGGAAACUCCUCCUCUCUUCCCACCUCAAGCUCUCCUCUCAAUGGACAGGCCCAGCCGGCCUCGAACGGCUCUUCCAGCUCGCCACACUCUGGUCCAAGCUCAUCCUCGAAACCAGCCCCGAUCAGACCCAUCAUCACCCCCCGAUCCAGUUCAAGAAAAUCAUGCCUGGAGAUAUCGGCCUGGUGAUGAUCGAACGAGUCCUAUUCCCAGAGGAGGAUCUGGAUGGACGACUGGAGAAGCGGGAAGCCGCCGGCCUGAGUUCCUCGUCAUCACUCAUGAUGGAAGAGGAUCGGGUCGAGGAGGCCUUCGAAGGCCUGGUCGAACGACUCUUGACGAUGAUCCGGUUCCUGGAAGCCUUUGGGAGUCCACGUCGGUUCAAGGAGCGUCGUCUGAUGCGUCUGAUCUUCCUCAGCGUCCAGAAACGUCAUCCCCACUCUCUCGAUCACGAUCAUCAUCAUCAUCAUCAUCAUCUCCAUCACGAAAGUUGUGCGACUGGACCGGAAGCCAUCGGCUCUCGACUGCUUGGCUCCCCCUCUGGACUCGAAUGGUGGCACCGACCUGACGUCUGGAGACUCCUCGAGUUCCGUCUCUCGCCUUCAGCCCCUCCUUCCCCUCCAAUCUCCCAGCCCCAACUAUUACCACCAUCACUACACGAACAACAACAACAACAGCAUGAACGGCAUACUGAAGAAGAAGAAUACGAACAGCUUCUCGAUCUCUCUCAGCUUCACUUCCAACUCGACUACCCUUCGAUCUCUGAUUCAAUUCCCCAUCAUCAUCAAGAAUACGGUGGUGGUGGUGGUGGUGGUUUUCCGCCGGAAGACAGAGAUGGACUAGACAGAGAUGGACUCAAUCGGCCGGACGAGCAAGGGCACGAUCGGCCUUCGUCAGCGUCCCCCUCCGGAUCCAAAAAUCCGUCUGAUCCUCCUCUUCUCGGUUAUCCUGAUCAACCUCAGAUUGGAAGAAAACCGAACAAAACAUCUAGGGAUCAGGUCGAAGGAAUCGGCACCUCUUUGGAUGUUGUUAAUCAUAAACUUCGGACCCAGUCGCUCGAUUAUUUCGAUCAACAUUCUUUAUUGACUUGUUUAAUUUUAUUGAUUCGAAAUAAGUUCCAUUGAUUAAUUAAUGAAGUGUGGUUUGUUUGUGUGCUUGUUAAUCAUUGAAACAAA